AUGAAGUACUCUGCCGUUAUUGUCGCUGCGGCGGCCGCGGCCGCCAGCGCCAAGCUCGAGCCCAUCACCAUGAAGGGUUCCAAGCUUUUCUACACCAACGGAACUCAGUUCUUCAUGAAGGGUGUCGCUUACCAGCAGGACUCCGCCGCUGGAGGUGAGACCACCUCAAAGAAGUCCUACAGCGACCCUCUCGCCGACGAGAAGGCUUGCAAGCGUGAUGUUCCUCUCCUCAAGGAGCUCGGUACCAACAUCAUCCGAACCUACGCCAUUGAUCCCGAGGCCGACCACACUGCUUGCAUGAAACUCCUCGACGACGCCGGCAUUUAUGUUAUUUCUGAUCUUUCCGAGCCUUCUGUUUCAAUCAACCGAGAUGACCCCAAGUGGGACAUUGAGCUGUACCAGCGAUACAUUGGCGUUGUCGACGAGCUCGCCAAGUACGACAACGUGGUCGGUUUCUUUGCCGGUAACGAGGUCUCCAACAACGUCUCCAACACUCAGGCUUCUGCCUUUGUCAAGGCUGCCGUCCGCGACACCAAGAAGCACAUCAAGAGCAAGUACGACCGCUGGCUGGGUGUCGGUUACGCCUCCAACGACGAUGUCGACAUUCGUGAGGAUAUUGCCGACUACUUCAACUGUGGCAAGGACGACGAGCGCAUCGACUACUGGGGUUACAACAUUUACUCUUGGUGUGGCAAGAGCAGCAUGAAGGACUCUGGUUACUCUACCCAGGCCGAGUUCUUCAAGGACUACUCUGUCCCCGUUUUCUUCGCUGAGUACGGCUGCAACGAGCCCGAUGGUGCUGCCAACCGUAUCUUUGACGAGACCACUGCUCUCUACGAGGAGAAGGAGAUGACUGAUGUCUUCAGCGGUGGUAUCGUCUACAUGUACCACCAGGAGGCCAACGACUACGGUCUUGUCAAGAUCAGCAAGAACGGUGACGCUGUCAAGCAGAAGGAUUUCGCUCAGCUCAAGAAGAAGGCUACCGCUGCUCAGCCCCAGGGUGUUGAGGAGGACGACUACAAGCCCACUGGAAAGACUCCCACCUGCCCCACCCAGUCCAAGACCUGGAGGGUUAACGCCCUUCUCCCCCCUACCCCCGACAAGUCCCUCUGUGACUGCAUGGUCAAGAGUCGAAGCUGUGUUCCCGCCGACGACCUCAAGGCUAAGGACUUUAACGAGAUCUUUGGUUACAUCUGCGGCGAGAACAAGAAGAUCUGCACUGCCAUCAACGCCAACGCUACCGCCGGUAUCUACGGUGCCUACAGCAUGUGUGACAACGAGGCCAAGCUCGCCUACAUCCUCGAUGCCUACUACAAGGAGCAGAACAGCAACGCCAACGCCUGUGACUUUAAGGGCAAGGCCACCACCCAGAAGGCUCAGAACCAGGACUCUUGCAAGGCUAAGCUCGAGUCUGCUGACAAGAUCAACGAGGAGGUUGCUACUGCUACUGCUGCUGCUGGCGCCGCUUCCACCGGCGAGUCUGAGAGCGAGGACGACGAUGAGUCCUUCGGUCUCCAGGCCGCUACCAUCGCCCGCGUCUUCUCUCUCGGCGACUACGCUGUCGGCGCCUACAUGGCUGUCGCCGGUGUUGUCGGUGCCGGUAUGGUCCUUCUGUAA